AUGUCCUCACCAUUAGUCGUUGGCCCUGCGACAGGCCAUUCUCAUACUCACACAAUCAUCGUCUUGCAUGGUCGCGAUAGCGAGGCACAAGAGUUCAUGGCUGAGUUUUUCGAGUGCGAGGCAACCGGACCUGAAACAGAUCGCACCCUGCCGGCGCUUUUUCCUACAGUCCGCUGGGUGUUCCCGCAAGCAAAACCCCUCCAUUCUGAACGCUUCAAUAUCGAAAUGUCUCAAUGGUUCGACAUGUGGAGUGUGGAAGACCAGCAAGAGCGAGCUGAGCUGCAAAUACCUGGCUUGCGAGCGAGUGUCGAUCGCGUCGCCGAAUUGAUCCAAGAAGAGGAGCUUCUCGUACCCCGGAAGAGAAUAUUUCUAAGUGGAAUCAGCCAAGGAUUUGCGACCGUAUUGGCUACCUUCUUUGCUGAUGGUAGAGGAGGUUUCGCUGGUCUAUGCGGAUUCUCUAGCUGGUUCCCGCUCGCCGCCCAAGCUGUACCAGAAGUCUAUGCUUUCGGGGGGGAUUCUAGUCAACAAUUGGCAGCCAUGCAGCGAUUUUACCUUGGUAGAGAUGAGUCAUCGCCAGUACAAAUGACCUCGACGCCUAUUCUUCUAGGGCACUGCCGAGACGACGAAGUUAUCGAUAUUCAAAGUGGGACUCGCCUGCGAGAUUUUUUAUAUCGGUUCGAUAUGGAGGUUGACUGGCAAGAAUAUCUAGACGGAGGACAUUGGUUCAAUGAGCCGCAAGGCGUUGAUGAUUUUGUUAGGUUUUUGCGACAGCAUAUGUAG